AUGGCUGCUUCGACUUCAGCCUCUCUCUCCGUCGUCGGAAGUGGCCUCGCCUUCCCCAACCAUCGUCUUCAUCCUCCCCCUGCCUCCUCGACUCGUUUACGCACUCGAUUUCGUAACAACCGUUUGUUCCUAUCUUCUCUCCCAAGGUAUCACUGUUUCUCUCUAUUUCUAUUUCCGAUGCUUCCAAUUUCAAAUUCCACCUAUACUGUAGCUAAUUCGUGUUUCCCUGUCGGUGAAAGAAGCAGGCACAAGGCUCUUUGUGGCGGAUUGGGAUUGCCGAGGAACAAGCCUCGAGGCCACGCUUUCGUCGUUGGUGAACCCCCGUUUUUGUUGCCGCAACAAACUUGUGCUUCUUGCUGUCUUGCCAGGAAACGCCGUUCCAAUCUCGCAGCAUUUGUGCCUGGAGCUUUUCUUGAUAAAUCUUAUUUCCGCCUAUCGAACAGUAAACUGCAGCGUUCUUCUGUUCAAAUUCCGCGUGCCACUGUAGGUCCAGAUGAGCCACAUGCAGCUAGCACAACCUGGCCAGAUGGUGUUUCCGAGAAGCAAGGUUUAAGUGUAUAUGAUAGUGAACUAGAGCAGAUAGAGGGGUUUCUAAGUUCUGAACUUCCAUCUCACCCUAAGUUGCAUCGUGGUCAACUGAAGAAUGGGUUACGUUAUCUGAUUUUGCCAAAUAAAGUUCCACCAAAAAGGCGAGCACACUUGGAAGUUCAUGCAGGAUCAAUAGACGAGGAGGAGGAUGAGCAAGGAAUUGCACAUAUGAUUGAACAUGUUGCUUUCCUAGGAAGUAAAAAACGUGAGAAGCUUUUGGGAACAGGAGCCCGUUCAAAUGCUUACACUGAUUUCCACCAUACAGUGUUUCACAUCCAUGCUCCUACAAGCACCAAGGAUUCUGAUGGGGAUCUACUUCCACAUGUUCUGGAUGCCCUGAAUGAGAUAGCUUUCCACCCAAAGUUUCUUGCUUCUCGGAUUGAAAAAGAACGGCGUGCUAUACUAUCAGAACUUCAAAUGAUGAAUACAAUAGAGUAUCGAGUUGAUUGCCAGUUGUUACAGCAUCUGCAUUCUGAAAAUAAGCUGAGUAAAAGGUUUCCCAUUGGAUUAGAAGAUCAGAUAAAGAAAUGGGAUGCAGAUAAAAUAAGGAAGUUUCAUGAGCGUUGGUAUUUCCCUGCAAAUGCUACCUUGUACAUUGUGGGGGAUAUUGAUAACAUAUCAAAGACUAUUUACCAGAUUGAAGCUGUUUUUGGACAAACUGGUGCAGACAGUGAGAAAGGUUCUGUACCCACUCCAAGUGCAUUUGGUGCAAUGGCUAGUUUUCUUGUUCCAAAGCUAUCUGUUGGUUUGGGUGGAAAUUCUGUCGAAAGGUCAGCCAAUGCAGUGGAUCAAUCAAAAAUAUUCAAUAAGGAAAGGCAAGCUGUUCGUCCUCCUGUGAAGCAUAAUUGGUCACUUCCUGGGAGUGGUGCUGACUUAAAGCCACCACAAAUAUUUCAACAUGAGUUACUUCAAAACUUUUCAAUUAAUUUGUUCUGCAAGAUACCAGUAAAUAAGGUUCAAACAUACAGAGACUUACGCCAGGUCUUGAUGAAAAGAAUAUUUUUGUCUGCUCUUCAUUUUCGAAUUAAUACAAGAUAUAAGAGUUCGAACCCACCGUUCACUUCAGUUGAAUUGGAUCACAGUGACUCUGGGAGGGAAGGAUGCACUGUGACUACUCUUACCAUAACAGCAGAGCCAAAGAAUUGGCAUAAUGCAAUUAGAGUUGCUGUUCAAGAGAUUUUGGGUUGCAUAGAGAAAACUAUAUUGCUUAAGGUUUCAAAUAGCUUGAAUGAUAGCCUACCCUUAAGUCUUUCUAUGAUAAGAGUCUCUAAUGUAAUUUGUGUGAUCCAGGUUCGGAGACUUAAAGAGUUUGGGGUUACCCAGGGUGAAUUAACUCGUUACUUAGAUGCCCUUCUGAAAGAUAGUGAACACUUAGCAGCCAUGAUUGAUAAUGUAUCUUCUGUUGAUAACUUGGAUUUUAUCAUGGAAAGUGAUGCUCUUGGGCAUAAAGUUAUGGACCAGAGACAAGGGCAUGAAAGUUUACUUGCUGUUGCUGGGACAGUUACCCUCGAGGAGGUCAAUUCUGUUGGUGCCAAGGUGUUGCAAUUUAUAGCUGAUUUUGCAAAGCCUACUGCACCGCUACCUGCAGCAAUUGUUGCUUGUGUUCCAAAAAAAGUUCACAUUGAGGGAGCUGGUGAAACAGAAUUCAAGAUAUCAUCAACUGAGACUACGGAUGCUAUCAAAGCUGGAUUGGAUGAACCUAUUCAGCCAGAGCCUGAGCUUGAGGUGCCAAAAGAGCUGAUACAAUCAUCCAAACUAGAGGAGUUGAAAAAACUGCGCAAGCCAGCCUUCAUUCCUGUAAAUCCCGAAACAGAUGCUACAAAGCUUCUUGAUGAGGAAACUGGGAUCACCCAGCGCCGUCUUUCAAAUGGAAUUCCUGUUAACUAUAAGAUAUCAAAAACUGAAACACAAAGUGGUGUGAUGCGGCUGAUUGUUGGUGGUGGACGAGCAGCUGAGAGUUCCGAUGCAAGAGGAUCUGUGAUUGUGGGUGUGAGGACACUUAGUGAGGGAGGUCGUGUUGGUAACUUCUCAAGGGAACAGGUGGAACUUUUCUGUGUAAAUCACCUUAUAAAUUGCUCCUUGGAAUCUACGGAAGAAUUCAUUUCAAUGGAAUUCCGUUUUACUUUAAGAGACAAUGGUAUGCGUGCGGCCUUUCAAUUGCUUCACAUGGUGCUUGAGCAUAGUGUCUGGGUUGACGAUGCUUUUGAUAGAGCAAGGCAAUUGUAUCUGUCAUAUUACCGGUCCAUCCCCAAGAGCUUGGAACGCUCAACUGCUCACAAACUCAUGGUAGCAAUGUUGGAUGGGGAUGAGAGGUUUAUUGAGCCUACGCCAAAAUCACUGGAAAAUUUAACCUUGCAAUCUGUGAAGGAUGCAGUGAUGAAUCAAUUUUUUGGUGAUAACAUGGAGGUAUGCAUUGUAGGAGACUUCACUGAGGAGGACAUUGAAUCUUGCAUUCUUGAUUACCUUGGCACAGCUCAAGCCGCACGAAUUCGUGAAAGGGAGCAAGAAUUUAACCCACCCGUAUUUCGAUCAUCUCCAUCUGAUUUGCAGUUUCAAGAAGUAUUUUUAAAGGACACGGAUGAGAGGGCAUGUGCUUAUAUAGCUGGACCAGCACCAAACCGUUGGGGUUUUACUGUUGAUGGAAAAUAUUUGUUAGAGUCCAAUAAUGAUGCUUCAACAAUCAAUGAUGAUCAGUCAAAUUCGGAUGCCCAACUGACACAAGGUUUGCAAAAGAGCCUACGUGGUCAUCCUCUUUUCUUUGGUAUAACAAUGGGACUGCUUUCUGAGAUCAUAAAUUCUAGGCUCUUCACAACAGUCAGAGAUUCUCUGGGAUUGACAUAUGACGUGUCAUUUGAAUUAAACUUGUUUGACAGGCUUAAACUAGGAUGGUAUGUGAUCUCUGUCACAUCAACUCCGAGCAAGGUUCACAAAGCUGUUGAUGCAUGCAAAAAUGUUCUUAGAGGUCUGCAUAGCAACAAAAUUACUGAGAGGGAAUUGGACAGGGCUAAACGCACCCUUCUUAUGAGACAUGAAGCUGAAAUUAAGUCGAAUGCCUACUGGUUAGGGUUAUUAGCUCAUUUACAAGCUUCUUCUGUUCCAAGAAAGGACAUAUCAUGUAUCAAGGACCUAACAUUUCUAUAUGAAGUUGCUACUAUUGAGGAUAUAUAUAUUGCAUAUGAACAGUUGAAAGUGGAUGAGAAUUCUCUAUAUUCAUGCAUUGGAAUUGCUGGUUCUCAGGCUGCACAAGAUAUAGCAGGUGUAGGUUACAGAAAAAUUUGCCGCAUAGAUUGUUUCCUUUCUUGCAAACUAUUUGGCAGUGAGGGGGGUUACACUAAUAUGUGUCUCUCGAACAGGAGGCAUGUCUGGAAGGUUGAUUACGAAUUGUGGUUGGAAGGAUUAGCGGCAUGUGUAUCACAACACAAGAAGUUGCUGCUGCUGCAUUCAUUUAACAUUGAAACAAGUGGAAAGGAAAUGGGAGUAGUGAUGAUGAGAACACUAAGCAGUGACGAAAGUGGUUUGAAGAAGGGGCCAUGGAGCCCAGAAGAGGAUAAAAUACUGGUAGAUUACAUUCAGAAGCAUGGCCAUGGGAGUUGGAGAGCCCUUCCAAAGCUUGCAGGAUUGAACAGGUGUGGAAAGAGUUGCAGACUAAGGUGGACUAAUUACCUCAGACCUGAUAUCAAAAGAGGGAAAUUCUCUGAUGAAGAAGAGCAACUCAUCAUCAAUUUACAUGCAGUUCUUGGGAAUAAGUGGGCAGCUAUAGCAUCUCAUCUUCCAGGUAGAACUGAUAAUGAAAUAAAGAAUUUGUGGAACACACAUUUAAAGAAAAAGCUUCUGCAAAUGGGGUUAGACCCAGUGACUCACCGUCCAAGAACUGAUCACCUAAACCUUCUUUCCAAUCUACAACAGAUAUUGACAGCAGCGAAAAUCGUGAGCAGUUUCACAAACCCUUGUGACAUAAACAAUGCUCUAAGGCUACACUCAGAUGCCACACAACUAGCCAAAUUACAAUCAUUGCAAAACAUGUUUCAAGUCAUAGCUGCCACUCCUUCUCCUGCCUCAAACUCUAACCCGCUCAACCCUUUUUUACCAUUAAACUCACUGCCAGAUAAUUUUCUAAAUGAUGUUUUGGGGUUGAAUCACUCUAAUUAUCUCCAAAACCUUUAUGAUGGUAAUUCACUUUCUCAAAUCCACCCCAAUUUCCAAAACUUUGAGAGCCCUCAGCAGCCAACACAAGGUUCCAUAAAUGCUGACCCUUCACCAUCAAAUUCGCUUCCAAAUCUGGUUUCUGCCUCACCUGAACGUUCCCCAGUGAAGGAAGCAGAAAACGUUAAUGUAGACUCAAAGGAGUGUUCCAACCCUUCUUCCACCACCUUUGAGUUAACGUGGGGAGAUUUCAUGGAUGAGGAUGCAACCGAAACUUAUUGGAAAGGUUUGAUAGAAAUUGCGGAGCAUAUUCUAACUUCAAUUACAAAAGUUAACCCUCUUCAAGUAAGGAUUUUUGCUGCGUGA